AUUGUAGGACACACUUCAGUGAAGAAAUGGGCCAGUGUGUAUAAUCAUGGAAUUGCCUCGAUAACCAUCACCACCUGCUCUCCUUGAUAAACGAGAGAGUGGGUAGGGAGAGAGAGAAAAGAGGUCAACAUGAAGCUAAAGCAGCGAGUUGUGCUGUUAGCAAUUCUCCUUGUCAUCUUUAUCUUCACCAAAGUUUUUUUGAUUGACAACUUAGAUACAUCAGCUGCCAACCGGGAGGACCAGAGGGCUUUUCACCGAAUGAUGGGUGGCUUGCGGGUGGAACUGGUGCCCAAGCUGGACCACACUUUGCAGUCUCCCUGGGAGAUUGCCGCCCAGUGGGUAGUCCCCCGGGAAGUGUACCCUGAAGAGACACCAGAGCUGGGGGCCAUCAUGCAUGCCAUGGCCACCAAAAAAAUCAUUAAAGCUGAUGUGGGCUAUAAAGGGACACAACUGAAAGCCUUACUGAUACUUGAAGGAGGACAGAAAGUGGUCUUCAAACCCAAACGGUAUAACCGAGACUAUGUGGUAGAAGGGGAGCCAUAUGCUGGUUAUGAUAGACACAAUGCAGAAGUAGCAGCCUUUCAUUUGGACAGGAUUCUAGGUUUCCGCAGAGCCCCCUUGGUGGUUGGCAGAUUUGUGAAUCUGCGCACAGAGAUCAAGCCUGUUGCCACGGAGCAGCUCCUGAGUACCUUCCUGACUGUAGGAAAUAACACUUGUUUCUAUGGAAAGUGUUAUUACUGCCGAGAAACAGAGCCAGCGUGUGCUGAUGGAGACACUAUGGAGGGAUCUGUCACACUUUGGCUUCCAGAUGUGUGGCCUCUGCAGAAACACCGACACCCGUGGGGCAGGACUUACCGAGAGGGCAAAUUGGCCAGGUGGGAGUAUGAUGAGAGCUACUGUGAUGCUGUGAAGAAAACAUCCCCAUAUGAUUCCGGCCCACGCCUUCUGGACAUCAUUGACACCGCUGUCUUCGACUACCUGAUUGGCAAUGCCGACCGCCAUCACUACGAGAGUUUUCAAGACGAUGAAGGUGCAAGUAUGCUCAUCCUGCUCGAUAAUGCCAAAAGCUUUGGGAACCCCUCGCUGGAUGAGAGAAGCAUCCUUGCCCCUCUCUAUCAGUGUUGCAUCAUUCGGGUUUCUACCUGGAACAGACUGAACUACCUAAAGAAUGGUGUGCUGAAGUCUGCCUUAAAAUCUGCCAUGGUCCAUGACCCCAUUGCUCCAGUGCUCUCUGACCCUCAUCUGGACGCUGUAGACCAGCGGCUCCUGAGUGUCCUGGCCACCGUGAAGCAGUGCACUGACCAGUUUGGGAUGGACACUGUACUGGUGGAAGACAGGAUGCCGCUCUCCCACUUGUAACUUGCAACACAAAAUAAGUGAAACUUCUUUUUACAAAGAUAGAGAAACAGCACAAUCAAUUCCAAAUGGUAGGAGAUGGAUUGGAAUGACCAAGUUCUGGUGAUCGGGGGCAGGGUAUCUUGGAUUUCUUUGGUGUUUUGUGUGCUGGAAGCGAAAGCAAAGAGUGUAAGUUUCAGACAAUGGAAAUGUUCCUGCUGAACCACCUUUUGAAUUCCUGGGCAUUCGUCUGUUCUAGCAGUGGGCAUCAGAGUCACUCAGUCUUAGGCCAAAGGACAAAGAAGCGUUUGACAUUUGUAUAGGUUAACGCUGGUAUUGGUUCUGGAGUGUGUGUUUUGAAUUCAAUCUUAUGUCCAUUCUCCACACCUGUGGAUUUUCUGAAGCUAUUUUGCAGCCUCUUGAAUCCUUUUUUACCAAGAUUAGUCAGCUGGGGCUAGUUGUCUCCUCAGGAGUGGCGGCAUGUAAAACUUGGCAUUCUGUUGAGCUAAAACAGCAACCUCUAAGAGGGGUAUGUUUUUAAGAUAGAAUUGGAAGAAAGACUAAAGCAGGAAAGGUAUUUGGGCUUUUAAGCUUUUAGGUAGUAGUGCUUUUGAAACUUUUUAGAGAAGGGAAGGAGAGAGACCCAUUUGGUAGAACCAGAAUCCAGGAGAUGAUUCAAUAUGAGAGAAAAAGGUUCCCCUGUAUUUAAGUUCUUAUGAUGUGUAAAAGCAAACAUGAUUUGUACCUAAGUAAACUCUACUUUCUCACAGUUGUGUUCAACUUAACCAAAAAAUUGUUUCUAGAGAGCAUCCUGUUACAAUCCAAGCAUAAGUCUCUUAUGGAGAUAUUUUUUCCCCCUUUUGCCCAAAGCAGGUAAAUCCUUUUCAGAUUAACCAAGCAAACUUCAACAACACCUUGAAUAGGAGUUAGCUUGCCUAUGAUCUUUGCCAUCUUCAUUUCUUUUCUGAAAUGAAUUUUCACCUCUGCCUUUAAGGCAUUUGAUCAUUGAAGCUGCUAUUCCCAAGAGAUGGCAGUUCUGUGUGCCUUUCUUGUGAGAAAGCCAGCUCUCUCUGACAGAUGAUCGUGCACAUCUUGCUGGUGACUGGACUUACUUGGGAUUUGGGCCCUGUGGAAGACUAGAAACAAAGAUUUUAAGCCUUCUGAGCCUUAAAAUUAAGGAGGUUACCAGGAAGAGCCUUAAGAUUUUUAUGUCAAACCUUAAUUCCCUCAUUUAAUUUUGUUUGAUGUUCUAAACCUAUACUUAGUGUCGCUCUUGUCUCCUUUUAGCAUUCACACAUUUCAAGGUGUUAAAACACAGGCUUUGUUCUGUGUUCUGGCAAUGUAGUCCUGACAUGUAAGCAGCUGAGUCUAACACUGGUCAGCAGAGGACAGGCAUGUGCCCACACAGUGGACUCAGCUGGGUGCUUCUCCCCUGCGUCUUGUCUUAGUGUCCUUUGGUUCAGCAGAGACUAAUGUUUAAUCAGUGUGGCUGAACACAUUUAAUGCCAGUCAUUGGAGGCUAGUUUUAGGCAACCACCUUUUCAAAAACAGUUUGAAUAUAUGCCCCAAUUGUCUUACUUUGAGAAAUAACUGAGUAAUCUUUAACUAUUUUAAAAUACGAUGAAAUUAGGAUACUUUUGUACUUUCUUGAACUUUCUUUUCAUUGAGAUGUACACAAAAAUGGGCUGAGUUAUUUAAAGAAGGGAUUGAAUUUAAAAACGUUAUUAGCACAAAACAUGGAAAUAGUGUUAACAAAAGGAGGCAUGGGUCCAAUUUUUAGACUGUCUAUUGUUUGUAUCAAGGGAGACCCACAGUUGGGCUUGAGAACAGCAGUGCUGCUGCUCACUGGGAGCCAGCAGGAGGGAAGGGGGGGGGGGCUCCUGUCAGCACUGCUUUCCAGUAAAUGUUAGUUGAACUAAAUUAUCGAUUAGUAUUCUUUCAAAAACAUCAUCCCUUUAGUGUACCACAGUAAAACAGCUAAGAAAUGUUCUCAGACUGGGGCCUUCACUCUUAUUGUUGAGGGCAGAAGAUUCUGCUAAAGAAAAACAAGAGAGGAAAAGCUGCUUUGAAAAAUGUCUCAAUGUUUUUCUCAAAACAUUAAAGAAAAUAUUCAUUCCCUUUCCCUACUAUUUUAAGUUCAAAGUCUUAAAAGGUAGUUAAAGUUAGACUCAGGCUAUAGAGUGGUGUGACCUGACACUAAGAGUAUAAAUUGAUGUCCUCAGUCAGGAUUGGAUUAAGCUAGAAAUUUGUAUUUAGGAAUAUCUUGGAGAAAAUCAGCUCUAAGCCUGCAGCCCUAAAAUUUACAAACACAAUUGUGUUUGAAAAAAAGAGGUAGAUACUUUUUAAAAAAGUUUUUUCACUUUGUGCUCUUUCUGGUUUAUUAUUGAUAGAAUCUGGCACUAUUAUAAUUAAACAAGUGUUUGGAAGGGCUUUUGGCCAUGCCUAAGUUGGGUGUGUUUGGCUGAUAGCUAAAGGUAGAUAUGGACACAUUUUAUCAUAAAAUCAGAUAUUAUAAUUAAGAAGUAUCAUAAAAUUAGGAAAAUCAGAACUGACUGCCCUCCCACAUAUUAAAUAUGUUCAUUCCAAAGUCUGAGUGGGGAAAUAGGAGUAUAGAAGUUUCAUUCUAAAAUUGUUCUUUAAUAUGAGACUAUGAGUUUGAGUGUAAAGGAAAAAAUAAUAGGAUCUAAUUUGCUCAAGAGUAUUGUUCAAUAAUAUAUUAUUAAUAAGGCAUUUUUCCCUGUUUGAACUCAGGAUUAAUAUGCCAAAUGAAAUUUAAGGAGGAAGUGGAAGAAUUCAGGUAUGUUCAUUGCAUAUAAGAUGACCCUAUACAUGGCAGCUUUUCAGUGUCACCUGAAGGCAACAUGUUCUUUCAGAGAUAGUCAUCUUUUCUUAAAAGAAAUAGGCUUUUGGCCUUCCCUGUCCAUCCACCGACUACCUUCAGCCUCUCUUUUUGGUGGUCCCUGUAUGCUUUGUUUGACCAGUGAAUGAACACACCUCGGUGAUGGUGACACAGCAUCUGUCAGUGAGUGUCUCGUAGGAGUCAUCCUGUGAGCUUGAGCUUCAGGAAACAGAAGUAAAGGUAUAUGUAUGUACAUAGUCAUAUAUGUAUUCUAGCAAGGAAAAAUGUAUUUAUUUUGACACAGGGAAGCACUGACUUAUGUUGAUAAAAAACUUAUGUUGAUAAAAAACUUGAAGCUAGUAAAAUGUUCUCUCAUCAGUCCCUUAAAGUGGACCCUAAGUGACAUAAAGACCAUUCAUUCAGCAGACACCUACUGAGCAACCCAGCUGGACCCGUGAGUGCACCAGGUAGACCUGACUUUAAGGGACUUGUCUUACAGGAGAGGGCCGGUUUUUCUCCUUUGGAGUCCUUGAGUCUAUGUUGAAAAGGUGGGACCUUGGCAUUGCACUGCCUGGGUUUACAAAGAACUAAGGUGUUACAAACACAAAAUGUUGGGGAUGGGUGGGUAGGGAAUAACUUACUGGGAAGUUAAUUUAUUUGCUUAUGGGGAAGUUUAGGAACGAGUGCCCUCUGUUUGAAUCUACCAAGGAUGUCCUCUUAGAGCUGUUGCACAAAGUAGAGGUUGUACUUGGUAAGAUACCAGACAAAACAGAUGCGCGCCUAAAUUUCUAAUGUGUUCUAUGGAGUUUCGACUCUUGCGGGGGGGAAGAAAAUAAAGAUUUUAAUAAGUAUCAA